UUUUCUCUCUCCCCUCCCUGUUGGAGCAACAUCCUCAGUUUAGGAACAACUGGAUCGAGGCUUUUGGAGCAGAAGCGCAGUCAUGAUGACCGGAUUUCGGCUCAACUUGUCGCCCCUGAAGGAGCCUCUGGGCUUCGUCAAACUGGUGGAGUGGCUCACUGCUAUAUUUGCUUUUGGAAGCUGUGGCGGCUACUCCGGGAGGAACAUCAUAUCCAUCCUCUGUGGUGACAGCAGGAAUGAAACCCUCAACGCCGACUUUCACUAUCCAUUCAGGUUGAGCGACGUCCCGCUGGUGAGGGAGAACACCAGUCUUUGUAACCACACCGUCACCCCGACGCACCUGGUCGGCGACUCGGCCUCGUCGGCGGAGUUCUUCGUCGGCGUCGGCAUCAUCUGCUUCCUGUACAGCAUGGCGGCCCUGCUGGUGUACUUAGGCUACAUGCACGUCUACAAGGACUCCGAUUUCGGACCCAUCUUUGAUUUCUUGAUCACGGCCGUCCUGGUCUUCCUGUGGCUGGUGUGCUCGUCCGCCUGGGCCAAGGGCCUGCAGAACGUGAAGGACGCCACCAACACGGAGGGCGUCGGCGCCACGCUCGCCCUCUGCAAGGCCAGCAACGUCACCUGCGAGGUGACGGAGUUCGCCAACAUGCGGACCCUCAACAUCUCAGUGGUGUUUGGUUUCCUCAACAUGUUCGUGUGGGCGGGAAACGCCUGGUUCGUGUACAAGGAGACUCGCUGGCACUCGCAGAAAUUCUCCUCCCAGCCCGGGCCUUCGAGGCAACAGGUCCCGGCGCCAAUCUAACCUAGCACACGGCAAACAUGCGGCGGCGAUACAACACAAGACGUGCACCCACCACACACACACACACUCACAAUGUUUGCAUGCAUGUGAGACACGAAAAAGCCCUGCGAAGAUGAAGACUGAUAAUAUGAAGGAUGAAGCAAUGGUUAAAUUAGCUGCAGUGCAUGUGGAACACAACAAAUGGAUUGUUAUUUCAUGAACCAGUGUCAUUCCUCGCAUACGUACGACGUACUGGAGCUUUUCUGAAAGUCACCCUUCUCAGCAGCGAUGGGGAGGAACAGGUACCACGUGCAGGAUUCAAAGUCAAAGCAUGUAUUUUUGUUUCUGUUCUGCAUGUUUUGACAGCAAGAAUGCCACUUAUUUACCAAAAUAUUAUAAACGGUGCCUUUUUCAACUAUUCUUUCAGGAUUUCUUUUAUUCCAUGCAUAAGCAAUGAGAAAAUCUGUCGACCAAAUCUGAGCUUUAUAGCAGCAGUCUGGUAUGUGUUCUCUCUCUGUUCUCAAAGACAGACUUUCUCACUCCUUUAGUUCUUUUUUUGUUUGUUUGUUUGUUUGGAUUGCAGUUGACUUUACUACAUGUAAUUACAUCCAGAUGAAUGUAGAGUACUUUGAACUCAUCCCUUCCUCUGAGCACAUUAAUGCAGGAUUUGCAUUGUUACCGUCCUCUCCAGUGACAAUGAGUAAAACUAAUUACUGCCGGGCAUGACAUUAUAAAACCAAGGAUUUUUCGAACUGUGAGAGGACGAGGUUGAACCACUCUCCUCAUGCCCCUGAAGCCCUCUGCUCUCCCAAAGGGAGACUCGGUUCACGCUUUUAAAACCACUGCCCUAAACCAAACAUGCAUUCAUCAACAACUGCAUCUGAUAUUUCUGUUAUAAUUCAAAAUUUCACAUGUGUUUGUAUUUCUACUUUGUUAAGAAGCAAUCAAUCUUUUCAGAAGAUUUAUCAUGUGCAUCAUUUGAACUGCUUGUGUUCAAAUGAUGCACAUGGCCCCCUGGUGGUCGAUGUGAGGAAGUGCAAUGUACAAAACUAAACUAAACGUUGGGUGUGUGUGAAGUGUUCUGAAUUGCAUACUCACACACAUAAGGUGCACUUUUAUUUUUUGUGCAUUUUGCUGGUAAUCGAUUAAAAAUAACAACUGAAUAAUCCUAAAUUGCACAACUCAAAGAGAGUUUGAGUCUUGAAAAUCUUUUCUAUUGCAGAUUAAGGUUAAUCUGUGCACUCAGUUUCAACCAAAUAUGAAGUAUCCGUCUCCUCACAUAUCAGGAAUGUAGUUUGCACACGUGGAUGUGAUGUUUCUACUCCAACACAAGUGCCUUCAUGCGGUGCUUAAUAUGAUAUUAUAGCGUACUCUGAAUGCACUGUGAGUCCACAGUCAUGAUAUUUACUUGAGAUUUGGCCACUUCUUUAUUCUUGGAAGUGAAUAUUUAAUGAGUGAAUGCAGCCUCUCAUUCUUCCAAGGUGUCAUCGUGUUGAAUGUAGCUGUAAUAUCUUCUUUGCUAUUUGCCAUGUUUCUAUCAUAUUUGCAAUCUGUCAUAGAAAUGCUCUGCCAAAGCACUCCUUUCCUGCCUGCAGUUGAAGUUUUUUUCUUAAAUCAUUUAUGUCCUUGUUCUUCAUUCCGCCCUGUUCUCCUUUGUGUAAUAUGUUUAGUACUGUGUGAUGUUUUGUAUUUUUUAUUAUGACAUACAGAUGGUUAGUUUAGAUAGUUUUAUGAUUUUGCAUUCCCUUGUUUUCAUGUCAUAAAAUUGUUUCAUGAGAAGUUGUCUGCGCCUUUGACUUUACCUGAAAACAGAGUUAAAGGACCCAGCAGGCACGUGGCGGUGUACUGGUUAUGCCUCCACGCCUGCGCGAUCAUCAUCCAGUCGUCUUUAAUGAUUUCUAUGCAUUUAGCCUGCCAUAUUGUUUUAUUCAGGAAAUAUGCACUCUGCGAAAUGCACAAUGUCAA